UCAUUCAUGUGAUUAAUGUCAUAAACCAAAAAAUGUCAAUUUUCAUCAUUCAUUAAUCUUAUGUUUAUAAACUCUAUUGAUAUCAUAUUAUUUAGUACAAUUUUUAAGUAGUUUAUAUCAUGCUAGUAAAUGAUAAUUAGUAUAUAAACAAUCUAUAAUACAUAAUUUGUGUUCCAAAUUAGACGCGAUACAUGAAUGCUCGCGUCCUCAAAGUCCUAAACCAUCAUAUAUGGUGAGAUAAAUAAUAUAAUUAACCUAUGAAUUAUCAAUAUGCCAACUCAUAAACUAUAGAUUAAUUCACUCAUAAGUCGCUAGUCAUGAAGACUCGCUAACUACUUAAUGGAGUUGGCUCGCGAGCUAAACAAUACUCAUUUGAAACUCAACUCGUUAGUUUACAAGUCAAGUGUCGGACGAAAUUUUUCUGAAUAAGCUGCCCGUUUGGCUCAUUUGCUGCUAGCCAAGUUCUUUGCAUUUGCCGAGUUCUGCAACAGAAGCAAGUAACAAACAUCAUACAAAAGAAAAGGAGGGUUGAAAUGAGAAGAGUCAAAGAGAUCGAGAAGAGGUUGAAUUUGUUUGGUUUUGGCUAAGGGGGAUUGAUUCCUAAUAAAUUGGUUGGUAUUUCCUAUGUGGAGAGACAUUAAAUCAAUUCUUUUGGAGCCUUUCGGAAGAGAGGUUUCGUUUUUCUCCUGUUUCUUCCUCGACGACUAGGGUAAUAACAAAUAAUAUACACAUAUAUAUAUCAUUUUAAUUCUAGUUUCUUAAUUAAAUGAAGACCCAAUUUUUAUACACAUAUAAUAAAUAAAUUAAUAAUAAUAGCUGUUAUACUUACCUUUUAUUUGGUUAGACAUUAAAUAUUUUGGUGCUUUCAAUUAAACUUUUAGGUGGGUGGGUUGAUAAGGGUGAUGCUGGGGAGGACGUUUGAACAUAAAACAACAUCUCUUCCUCCUUCCUCUGUUUUCUCCACUGAGUUCAGUUUACAUGAUUAUCUUACGUAUCAUAUACCACCAAAAUUAUAUAAACCUUUUUUUUCCCCAUACGUUUUAGGGUUCUUCUUCCUGAUUAUAGGGCAACGAAUGAAUGAAUAGACAUAGGGAGAUGGAGCUGUUAUACUAACCUUUGCAAAGUGCAGUGUUUCUGUUUCCUCCUUCUGCAUACUCCUUGAGAUUUUUUCCUCUUCUUCUUCUUCUUCAUCAUCUCCUUCCCUUUUACUAGUACCAACACUCCCAAUUGAAUUCCCAUUCAAUUCAAUUCAAUACUCUCUCUCUCUCUCUCUCUCUCUCUCUCUCUCUAACACCCUCCACCUCUCCUUCCUCCCAUAAUUAAUUUUGAGCUUUAAAGAAAAGCCCAUCUCUCUCUCUUCCCAGCCUUGUAUAUAAUGCCCUUUAACUUGUUCAAAACCACCACCUCCACCCCUCCAAAACUGUUUCUAUACUGUUUCCCUGAUCAAUUUCUCCCUCUCCCCUCCUUAACCAAGCUCUUCUUCUUCCAUCCAUGGUCCAACAGUACUAGCUACCCACCCACCAAUUUCGAUCCCUCUCUCUUUCUCUGUUCCCCUGGCCUGCCUGUCACCGAGUUUCAGAGACACCCUUUUCAAUAAGGUAAGUAAGAAACAGAAAUGGGUUCGGCAAUCAAUCCAAUUGUUGUUCAGAACAAGCAAAGAGUUGUCGGAAUUUGAGCUCACCGUGCGUUUUUCAUGUUGGUUUUGCAGCAGCAGGAUGAGCCGAAGGAACAACAACCCGAAGCUGGAGCUGAAGCUCAACUUGUCGCCACCAAGGGGCGGGAAUAACAGCAACAACAACCGCAUGAGACUGGAGUCCUCACCAAGCCGGUCGGCCACUGUGUCGCCGACUUCGCCGCCGAGCUCCUGCGUGUCAUCGGAGCUGAAUCAGGACUCCGACAGCGGGUUGAGGUAUUCCAACAGCCCUGAAGCGACUUCCAUGGUGCUCGUGGGUUGUCCGAGGUGCCUGAUGUACGUCAUGCUCUCCGAGGAUGAUCCCAAGUGCCCCAAGUGCAAGAGCACCGUCUUGCUCGACUUCCUCCAUGACAACAACAGCAACAACAACAACUGCAACAUGAGGGGAAAGAAGUGAUCCAGAACAAAGUUUCUUAAGAAGAAACAGUAGAGGCAUGUUGGCGGCAACUCUUCUUUAGGACUUUGAUUAUUAUUAUUAUUAUUAUUAUUAUUAUGGUUCUCAGUAGGCAAUCUAUCUUCCUAUCCAUGGUAAGUAGCGCUAUUUGCGCUCCAUUUCUAAGCUUCAUUCUCUAGCAGGAAACUUCAGAAAAAGAAAAAAAAAACAUUAAAAAAGAACCCGGGAAAAAAACACAGAGAGAAUGGCAAAGCAGACAGUUAAGUCGAAUGAAGUGGAGCGCGAAUAUCACUGCUUUUCUUUUAUUUUCUUCUUUUCCUUUCUGGGUUUUGGGGGGUUUGUUGUAGUUUUCCUUUCUUCAUGAGCAAAAUAGGAUUCAAUGUUAUGGGCAAUAUCGAGGGGCAGAAGAAGAUGAAGACCAAUGUAAAACUGGUGUAGCUGCAGCUGCCCAAAUUUUCCAAUGGAAAAAACUGCCUUGCGUACUUUGAAAGUGGCUUGCUUUUCUCUUUCUAUUUCCCUAUCAAACCUUCACCUAUGUUCUUACUUUUGGGAUACUUUGUACCAUCACUUGCCAACUAACCUAUCACAACCAUGCCACAUCAACACAGCAGCAUAGUUCCAAAAUUCUACUGAAAAAUGAGUGUCUGAGAGUGAACCUAACCAGAGGGGAGGUGGUUCCUUCUUGUCUGUGCUUGUUCUGCUCACUAGGGGAGUGCCUGUAAAGAUGGGGGGAGCAACUGAGCAAGUGAAAGUAAAACCUGUGACCACACAAGUUAAAAAAAAAUUGUGUUCUCCAGAAAGAAAAUAAGGCAUCAGAAGUAGAUAUAGUACGGCAGCGUUAUGACUCUACAGACUACAGGGUCCCACGGGUUUGUAAAAUAGGAGUCAAAAAAGUCUCCUGGACCAAAUAUGCUGCCCCAUGCCCAGGCCAAGGGAGGGUAGAGAUGACAGUUUCCUAAGUAGAAGGCAGAGAGAGUCCACAAACAGGGCAGCUUCUACAUCCUAGUACUAAGUUAUGCUCUCUGUUGAAAAAGGUAGAAGGCUGACUGGAGUUGACAAACCAAAUAAGAUCAAAAGCAAAAGUGAAACAAAAAAGGUGGCACAGGGUUGGUUAUUGAGCAAAGCUUAGAGGGUUAUAAAGGUUCGGUCACAUAUUUAAUCACUAACCCACUGAAACCAUAAAGACUACGGUGCAGUAGAAACUUAUAUCACCAUCAUAUUGUAAAGUUCAUAGAAUGAUAAUAACAAACAUGACCUAGGACAAACAUAUCGGAGGCAGCUUAUAUGGUAAUCCCAGGGUAUCUAAUUGAUGGGUGAUUAGCCUAAAAGGUGUAGGAAGAAGGAGAAGGGCAAUUGGGUAAAUGGAGAAGCUCCACCAGGAGGUGGGUUGGGUAGUUCGUGCAUUGAAGCAAAAGGAGGGCUAUAUUAGAUUGAAAGACCAUUAAAAACACAUAAAUGCAAGAGUAAUUG